AAAGAUGCGGCAGCUACUCUGGAUCCUGCAGUCCGCGUGGAGUUCAGUAGGACUGUCAAUGGCAGGCUACCAGCUCUGGUCACCAUGGACCCCACUGGAUGAAAGCUUCCAAUGGCUGCGGCACACAACACCUACCCCUUCCUCCAAACACCCUUUUAGGGCCUCUCCUUGUUUCCCCCACACUCCUUCUGACCUUGAAGUGCAGUUGUGCUUUCAAGAAGUCACACUUGUCCUAGACAGCCCACUUGUGGAAUCUGGAGAGAGCCCCAAGUUGCCUUGUCACACAUCAGAGCUCCGAGCCACGAAUAACAAGAAAGGAGUGGUGAGGAAGCCCCAGCCCGUCCGCCUCAGUGGAGUGGAUUCUGUCUUUGGUAGGGUCAUCACAGCCCAGCCACCCAAGUGGACUGGAACCUUCAGAGUUUCAGACAAAUCAGCCUUCUGCAAAAUUAUCAGCAGGGAGCACCAGUGGCCCACUGGACUCAAGGAGCCUCAGAUUCAGAUGACAGUGACUAUGUGCAAACAGAUGCUACGCUCCAUCCUCCUGCUGUAUGCGACCUACAAGAAGUGCACCUUUGCCUUGCAGCACUCCAAGUAAAGGGUCCCCGUCUGAGCCCUGAGCUCCACACCAUGCUCAAUGGUAUGUACCCAAAGCUUACAUAGACCUGUCUACAUAAAUGAAACUGUGACAUCAUGCCAAAUAUUUUUCCUUUCGGUCAUGCUGUGACAAUUCU